GGGGGAAACUGUGGACUGUUUCAGCAGUACAACGAGGCGCAAGAGAACACGGAGCGCACGCAUCUGCAGACACCAAGUAUUUCGCCCUGCAGUUCUGCAAAAACUAUGCAUCCGAAGCUGCGUACAGAGGAGCCUUCGCCACAGCGAGGGACAACCCCGAGAAAUUCUGGGGUGAAAUGGGACAAGACAUAAAGUGGUUUGAGCCAUGGAGUAAAACUGUGCACAUCGAGGAUCCAGUGUUCCCAGACUGGUUCGUUGGAGGGAAGUUGAACAUGUGCUACAACGCCGUGGAUCGUCAUGUAGAGAGCGGCCGUGGAGAGCAGCCUGCAGUCAUCUAUGACAGCCCAGUGACUGGUACUAAACAGAUCAUCACUUUCAAGGAACUGCAGUACCAGGUGUCCAGGUUAGCUGGAGUCCUGGUGAAGCAUGGGGUACAGAAAGGAGACCUGGUGGUCAUCUAUAUGCCCAUGGUGCCCCAGGCCAUGUUCACCAUGCUCGCCUGCGCUCGGAUCGGUGCCCCACACAGCCUCAUCUUUGGCGGCUUUGCUUCCAAAGAGCUUUCUGUCCGCAUCAAUCAUGCCAAGCCUAAGAUGAUGGUUACGGCCUCAUUUGGCAUCGAGCCAGGCAGAAGGGUAGCGUACAUCCCACUGGUGGAGAAGGCCUUGGAGCUGAGCUCUCACCAACCCGCUAAAAUUCUCAUCUACAACAGGCCUAACAUGGAGAAAGUAUCGCUGGGUCCGGAGUUAAGUCUGGACUGGGAAGAAGAGAUGGCCACUGCUCGGCCACAUGACUGUGUUUCUGUUCCUUCCAACCAUCCUCUGUAUGUACUCUAUACAUCGGGGACAACAGGAACACCAAAGGGUGUUGUGCGGGACACCGCAGGCUAUGCUGUGAUGCUGAAAUGGACCAUGUCAAAUAUUUAUGGACUCAGUCCUGGAGAUGUUUGGUGGGCAGCGUCAGACCUGGGCUGGGUGGUUGGCCAUUCUUAUAUCUGCUAUGGUCCUCUGCUCCAUGGAAACAGCACAGUUCUCUAUGAGGGCAAGCCUGUAGGGACUCCAGACCCUGGAGCGUUUUUCCGUGUGCUGUCUGAACACGGAGCCUCCUCCAUGUUCACAGCGCCCACUGCCAUUAGAGCCAUUCGCCAGCAGGACCCCCAUGCUGAAAUCGGACAGAAAUACACCCUGUCCAGGUUGCGGUCAUUAUUUGUGGCAGGAGAACGAUGUGAUGUGGAGACACUGGAAUGGGCAAAGAAGAGCUUUGGGGUUCCUGUCCUGGACCACUGGUGGCAGACUGAAACCGGCUCAGCCAUCACCAGCUCAUGUAUCGGUCUAGGGAACUCCCUCACACCACCUGCGGGUCAGGCUGGGAAACCCGUUCCAGGUUACAAUGUCGCAGUGAUCAGUGAUGACAUGCAGGAGGUGAAACCAAGAACCCUGGGAAAUAUUGUGGUGAGACUACCUCUACCACCCGGUGCAGCAUUGUCUCUCUGGCAGAAUAAGGAGCUGUUCAAGGAACUCUACUUCACUAAGUUCCCUGGCUACUACAAUACCAUGGAUGCAGGUUUUGUGGAUGAGGAGGGCUUCCUUUAUAUCAUGUCCCGGUCUGAUGAUGUCAUCAACGUGGCAGGUCACAGGUUGUCUGCUGGAGCAUUGGAGGAGUGUGUGCUGCUGCACCCUGCAGUGGGUGACUGUGCUGUGGUGGGUCUCGAGGACACUCUGAAGGGUCAUGUGCCCUUGGCCUUGUGUGUACUCAAGAAUGGUAUAGAGAAAAACGAACAGAUCGUAAAUGAGAUGGUGAAGAUCCUGAGAGACACUAUCGGACCCGUUGCUGCUUUCAGGAAGGUGCUCUUUGUCCAAGCGUUACCAAAGACGCGCUCUGGCAAAAUUCCUCGUGCCUGUUUGGCCAGCCUGGUCAACGGCAAGCCUUACAAGAUUUCUCCAACCAUCGAGAACCCAGAAGUGUUCAAAGACGUGGAGAGGGAGGUGGAAACCGCUCUGAGAGCUCCAGGAGCCUGAACUCAGCCGACAUUAAGAACUGAGGUUGGAUACAUUUGAACCAUAGUCACUCCCUGCAAGGUUUGAGGAAGCAUGUUCACACCAUAGACGCCAUGCUGCAACUAAAACUAGACAUUUUACAUCACUGUGGCAAAUCCACAAAGCAGGGGUAAUGUUACAGUGUAAUAUUGAAAUCUGUUUGCGUAUAAUUUGGAUAAUAAUGUUAGACCAUAUGGAAGUAGGCUUUAAAGAGUCAAUUACUGAACAGAAUUGAGCUACAUCUGUUUACCACCAUUGAGCCAUUUUGAUCUGUGAAUGAAAAAUGAAGACAGUUUUUUUUUUUAUUAUUGACAAUGAAAAUUUGUUUGCUCACCACUUAGUUCUGACCAAAGUACAAGAAGUAUCAAAUAAAAAAAAAAAGGACACAAACUAAAAUUAUCCAUUGUUCGUGCAAUUUGAAGAUGUAAAACCAAUUUAAAAGAAUUGCUAGGGUCAUCCAUCAGAAAUAACUAAAAGACAGAUAACGGGGCUGUACAAUAGCUACCCUGGGAACUCUGACAGAAACAAAGGGUUAACAGUUACACCAAUGAAAGUCACAGCAAGCAACAUGUUUGUCAUUAAAAGUCACCUCACUUCAACAUGGUCAUAUACACUCUAUGCACAUUAGAGCUAAAGCGGUCUGUCUUUCGGUUAUUUCCUCUGUUCUGUUGGUGCCUGAAGGGUAGCGGAGAAGGCCAGCUCGGCUAAGUGUGUGUUUGUCCUUUGUGUUAACAUAUCGCCUGACAAAACAUACAGUACAACAAGUAACAGGUUCUGUGAAUGUCCUCCUGCUUUUUUGUUCUCUGAGAGGAAGGUUUGUGCAACUUCUUGUUUGUCCUUGGCUACUAAAUAGUCCGUUGAGCUGAUGCGGUUGUAUCAAAGUGCUUGUCUUGUCAUUCCAGUGUGUCGUUUGCAUCCCCUUAAAAUGCUCCACUUUAGACCACGAAUCCAUUAGAAAGGAUAAUGAAGCUUGUUGGUUGGUGCCAGAACUGGGGCUUAGUGGUUUUUGUUCACCACUGGAGGGCGGGGUUUCACAUAACAUCCAGUGUAUCUUGCUCUCUUUAUAGUACAGCACAGGUCCAUCGUCGUCAUCACCACAAUUAAAAAAUAAAACCAUAUGUACAAAAUGAUCUAUGGGCCGGUGAUAAUAUGGAGACCGUUUUAAAGAGCAGCAUAUAUUAAUCUAUGUUCCACUAAAUGAAGUGGCAAGGACAUU